GUGGAAGCUGAUGGAAAAUCGAGCUCUGGACCCAGGGACUCGGGACUCCUAUGGUGCCACCAACCACCUCCCAAACAAGGGGGCCCUGGCGAAGGCCAAGAACAACUUCAAAGACCUGAUGUCCAAGCUGACGGAGGGCCAGUAUGUGCUGUGCCGAUGGACAGAUGGACUGUAUUACCUAGGGAAGAUCAAGAGGGUCAGCAGUUCUAAGCAAAGCUGCCUUGUGACUUUUGAAGAUAAUUCCAAAUACUGGGUCCUGUGGAAGGACAUACAGCAUGCUGGCGUUCCCGGAGAGGAGCCCAAGUGCAACAUCUGCCUGGGGAAGACAUCAGGGCCACUGAAUGAGAUCCUCAUCUGUGGCAAGUGUGGCCUGGGUUACCACCAGCAGUGCCACAUCCCCAUAGCAGGUGGUGCCGACCAGCCCCUGCUCACACCUUGGUUCUGCCGACGUUGCAUCUUCGCUCUGGCUGUGCGGGUGAGUCCUCCCUCCUUCCCAGUCACUGCGUCUCCUGCCUCCUCCAGUCAGGCAGCCCAGAGACUCCCUGGGCUCAGACCUGACUCCCCAUCACGGAACCUGAGCUCCAAGCAGAAGGGUCAUGCCUGGGCUUUGAGGACAUAUGGUGCCUCUGAUGCUUACCAGCUGUAUGUCCUGGGCAGGGUUCCAUAGGCUCCCUGAGCCUCAGUUUCCUCAACUGUAAAAAGGACAUGGGUUUGGUGUCAAUAGUAGGAGGCCCCCAAUAAAUGGUGCUUUACUAUU